AUGUCUAGAAAUUUUCAAGUGGAUAUUAACCAUUUAUCGAAUGCCUAUUAUCGUAUUGUACAAAUUCGAACUGAUAUUGUCGACAAAGAUUCGAUACGCUUUGAUAUGCAUUUAAUCUCAUCAGGCGAUUUCGGUGAUACUUUAACGAUAACCACACAAAAUGGUGAAACAAGAACGAUCUCGUUUCCGGGAUGUUAUCGUGUAAACUUGAGUUUCCGAAUGGUGAAGCCUCUGUCAAACCCUCACAUUGAAGCAUUUUUGCAACUGGGAACAAAUAUUCCUUGUCAACCUACUAAUUCGAAUAGUAUCUCGAAUAUAUGUACGAAUAUAACUCAAACGAACUGCCGAUUCUGUAAUUUAUGUGAAGCGAUUGAAGCAAAAAGCAGUGAAAUACAGCAUUAUAUUCGUCAGGAAGGAUCACAAGAGUGUAGUACCUCAAAACAGUCUCAAAACCUAAUUUUCAAGGCAGGUGUGCUUACAGCAAUAGUACAUAUCUUGGAUCGUUCACAAGUUGAUGGUUCCAAACUGGUGCAGUGUCAACGACUCUGUUCAACAUUUAAUAAUCAGAAAUCAGUUUCUGAUUCUUAUAAAUCGACACUUUUAAAAUCUAUCGAAACAUUAUGUAGUCCAGUCGAUAUCUAUACUGCAUGCAUUCACCAUAUAAUGAAAUUUGAUAUUAGUGAAAAUUUUGUUUAA